AUGCUUCAACCAAUCGAAGCUAGAGACGAAAAUGAUGCCGAUUCAUCGAUUGGUGAUGAUGUCGCAAGCUCCACCACCUCCGUAUCAUCAAGCAUCCUCGAGUACAGAAAGUUCCAAGGCCGGACGUACCACAGCGAAAAGUACAAUUCCGAAUACUUCGCCCCAAAUGACGAACGGCAAAGGGAUUCGAUGGAUAUCUCGGACUGGUACUGUGACUUUGCCGAUGAGUAUCCAGAAGCCGAGGUCAUCGGCACAGACCUCUCUCCCAUCCAACCAAGUUGGGUGCCCCCAAAUGUCAAAUUCGAACUCGAAGACGCGACAAAUACAUGGAGCUGGCCAGACAAUUAUUUUGACUUUAUCCACAUACGCUACCUCAUCGGUGCAAUUGCCGACUGGGGCGCUCUGUUCAAAGAAGCCUUUCGGUGUUGCAAGUCUGGGAGUUACUUCGAGUCCGUCGAGGUGAAUCCACUCUUCAAAAGUGACGAUGAGAGUAUCAACAAUAUAGCUCCAAUCCAAACUUGGAACAAGAUCUGCAGAGAGAGCGAAAAGGCCUUUGGGCGGAGUUUGUGCGAGGUUGAGAAUGAUACUCAACUACUCGGCGAAGUUGGGUUUGUUGAUUUGCAAGUCACCGAUUUUAAGGUUCCUGUUGGCGGAUGGGCCAAAGAUACAAAUCUGCAGCGGGUUGGCCAAUUUCAUCGUGCGGGUAUAGAGAAUGAUCUCCAAGGAUAUACCUUGAUGACUUGGCAAAAGGUCUUUGGAUCUCCUGGCAAAGAGUAUCAGUUGUUUCUGAUGCAGAUGAGACAGGCAUUGAGAGAUAAGAAUGUUCACGGAUAUAUGCGCAUACGAUUCAUAACCGCGAGGAAGCCGUAG